UUCAAGAGAAAAUAGAUCGCUGUUAUCAAUCUUAUAUUUUUAUAUCUAUUUUAAAAACGUCAUUAAAAACCGUGCAUUAUCAGAAAACUUCGGGAAUGCAUUUCGGGAGUAUUCCGAGAUCACUCUAAACAUUGUGCAGUUUCUGGUUGUAGAGAUGAUUAUGGAGAUUAUAAUCAUGAGUCAGUGCGCAUCACUCUUAUCAUCGGCCCGGUAUUUUGGACAGAGGUCCUGGAAAAACGGCUCAGUUUUGCUGCAAGAGCGCUGGAGGUGGGACUGCUCUAGUCUCCAUUUCUCGCUAUGGAGACCGUUCUUCAUACAUUGUCAAAUUCCAAUCAAAUCAGUGAAGUUUAGGUGUUAGUGAACUUUUAAUGUUGUAAUUAACAUUGAGACUCGAGGUUGUGUACAGUGGUAUGAUAAACAGUUCUACAUAAAGUGUAGCCUAUAUGUUUAUUGGGACUCAGAAUAAAAUUGGAGGUAAGAACAGGCAGCUUUUUCAAUAGAUAUUUACAAGAAUUAUUGCAUAUAUUAAUGUGGGGGAAGUGUCUUAUUUGAUUCGCUAUUGACAGUGAUAACAGGAACUAAAAUUCCACAAAACUAACGUAAUUAUUAGAGUAAUCUCAACGAUCAUGGCGAAUAAUAUUCCUUCAUAUUUUUAUGAAGUAUGUCGCCUUUGUUUAAGAUGGGAAGGUGACAAAGUUUCCAUUUUCGGAGAAAGUGAAUCAAAGUGGGAUUUUAAAGAAAAAAUAAAAUCCUGCCUAGACAUUCUUGUAACAGAACAAGAUAAGCUCCCUUCCACAUUGUGUACCCUCUGUGCAUUCAAGUUGGGUGCACUUAACCAAUUCAUGGAGGUGUCAAGGAAUACUAAUGUUCUUCUAAAUGAUUACAUUUCGGGUUCGGGAAUCAUAAGAAGUCACAUGACAAAUAUACAGCUGAGUAGUGUAUUCCCCAUCCCAAAUGAAUAUGCUAGCGCUCAGGAUAAGAUCCUAAUCGAAAUUGAUGAUUACUUGGAAAACCUAAGGAGCCUAGCAGAAAUAACGGCAGCUGCUUCUAACUGUUCUCUACCAAAUAAUUCCACACAACAAGUGUCAGUAAUCGUGAAGAACGGCUCCUUUCAAGAGGAAGAGAUGAUAAAUGAACCCAAAAUUGGAGAAAAUGAACAACCAUUGUUUGAGGAGGAUUGGAAUGAACAAAUGGAAGAGGAGUAUAUAGAUGUGGUUGGUUUGAUGGAAAGUGAUGCAACCGUCACCGAAACGAGUUGUGAGCAGCCACAAGAUUUGGAACCACUUAAUCUGAGUACUGACUGGAUGAAAAAUCAUGAUGAACCUGAGAGGCACUCUAAUAAUUUGCUCACAGCUCCCAUUGCACAAAAUUCUCAAGCUGAUGAAAGGCAAUCCUAUUCAAUGCUCAACGACAAUGCAUUUGCUCCUGGAAGAUUUUUUGGUACUAUAUCAACUGCAGCAUCGAUUUCAAGUCCACAAAAUCAUUACUUUGGAACAAACUCAAUUACUGAUAGUUCAGGGACUGCAAUUGAAACAGAGAUUACAUCUGAUUACAGAAAUCCAUCUACCUCAUCACAAGAGACUCCUGUUGAAAAUUUGGGAACAGACAAUCCUGUUGGUCGCCCGAGAUCAAAGAACUCUGAUCGCCGUUCAAGAAAAAUAACUACUGUUGAGCAAAAACCUAGGAGGCCCGUUGGUCGUCCAAGAAAUAGCCAUAAGAAAAUCGGUUUGUCACCCACCACUGUGCUGCCAGGUGCAGGUGUCAUGGAUAGUUUAAACAAUCAAUCAGGCUGGAAGUUCGAUUAUCUGCUGGAGGCAGCAAACUAUGCAGAUCCAAUGGAACAUGAUGGGAUCCAUAACAGUGAGGAGAUCAGAACUCAGGAAAUGCAGGUUGACUCUUUUUCAAUUCAACAGCCAUUGGAGUCACAGCCAGCUCAACAACUGUUACCGCCAUUACUGAUGUCACAGCCAGCACCACCUGAAUGGUGCUGUGAAUCACUGCCAGUGGAGUCACAGCCAAUACCAUCAUCCACACCACCAGUGGAGUCACAGCCAACACCAGUGGAGUCACAGCCAACACCAGUGGAGUCACAGCCAGCACCAGUGGAGUCACAACCAGCACCAGUUAGGUCACAGCCAGCACAACCAUUAUUGAUGUCACAGCCAGCACUACCAUCAACAAGUCAAGCCCAGUGGUACAAUGAAGUUAAAUCAUUCUCAAUUCCACAGGCACCCCCCAACUCAGAACUUCAACUUUCAUCAAUAAGUCAAUCCCAGUGGUGCAGUCAAGUAAACUUUCAUUCAGUUGCACAACCAUCCACCUCACAUCAGCAACAUACAUCAAUAAGUCAAAGUCAGUGGUACAGUCAAGUUAGCUCACAAUCAAGUCCACGGCCUUCCACCUCAAAUGAAUUGAUACCCACAAACCAUGAGAGCCAAAUGCAAAAAACCACACUCUGGCAACAUAAAUCUGGAGGCAACAUGGUAUGCAAUCCUUGUGGUCUGUUCUACAACAUGCAUAAUGUAAAUCGUCCAGCCAUCAUGGAAGAGGAGAAAGUUACAAAAAGCAGGAAACAACCUAUGCCUAAAAAAUUGACUGCAUCAGCGAGUGAUAGGGACAAGGCUUUUCAAGAAAUGUUAGCUAAAUCUAUUCAGCAAAUUCAUACAGAUGCAAUGCAAAGUCCACACCUUCUGACAGCUACAAUGAUGCAUCAGCAGCAACAGGAAAACCAACAACAGCAGCUGCAGCAUCAACAACAGCUGCAGCAUCAGCAACAACAGCAGCAGCAACAACAUAUACUGAGACAACAUCAGCUGCACCAUCAACAUGAACUGCAACAGCAACAACAUCUGAAGCAGCACCAACAGCUGCUGCAGCAACAACAUCUGAAGAAUCAACAACAGUUGCUGCAGCAACAACAUCUGCAGCAUCAACAAAAACUACAGCACCAUGAACAACAUAUUCAGCAUCAACAACAGAAACAACAGAUGCAUUAUCAACAACAACAUCUGCAACUGCAACAACAGCUGCAGCAGCAACAACGACUGCAGCAGCAACAACAGCGGCAGCAGCAACAAAUUGCUGUAUCAGCAACUACUCGUACAACAUCAGCAAGAGGUGCAGCAGCUGCAGAAACAACAACAAGUGCAGCAGCAGCAGCAGCAACAACUGCAGGUGCAGCAGCAGCAGCAGCAGCA